CAUGGCCACUCACAUCCACAUUCUUCUUUUCCAAUCCUUUCUCAGAUUUUUCAGUCACACCCACAAAAAGUACACAUCCCAAACAACCCCUUACCUUCCUCUUAUUCAAGUUGUUAUCAAACCAUAUUGUAUUCAAUUCAAUCACUGGCUCUUCACUUGAAAUUUCUACUUUGGUCAAAUUCAAUACAAAGCCCCAUCUCCAAUGCCAGGCACCAUCCAUGUUUCAGUUAUGGCCCACAAGGACCUUCAAUCUUCAUCACCCACUUCAUCAAUUCUAAUAAAGGUUUCCAUGGGGAAAAGAGAGUAUCAAACUUGGGACGAAGGGGUCUUCUCUUUUCCAUUGACAACCCUUCGCGACAAUUUGAGUAUUACACUUGAGGAUACAGAGGGGAAUGAAAUUUCGCAUAGAGUUGUUCAAUCCAUGUCGGUCGUGGAAAAAGGUUCUUGGGAUGAGUUUCUCCCACUUGAAGGAGGGGGGCAUGUGCAUAUGAAGUUGCAGUUUGUCCUUAGUGAAGAAGAGCGCAGCCGAAUUCGUAUCAUGAGAGAAUCUGCAAUGAAGAAGAAAAAUGGUGAUCUGCUCAAAUCUUUGGAAACUGCUAGUACUGCUGGUGGUAUUGUCUUGUCAUCUUUGCGCAUUAACCAUGAGGUCUCAGAUUCACAAAGAAGUGUUACCCAUAAUGAAGCGACAAGCAUUGGAAAUCUAGCUGCUGAAUAUGCUAUUGGGAACGAAGAAGAAAUUGCAAUUCAUCAGAAACAGAUCACCCCAAAUGAUGCAGAUGGAAGUGAAGAGACUUCAUCUGCAGCUUUGAUGUCAAAAAUGAUUAAUAAAUUCGUUGAGAAGACUGAGACUAAGUUACGCCACGUUGAUGUUCCCAAAACACCUGUUUUUUUCCAAGAAAAUUCAUCUGAUACGAAGAAGAAUUUAGUUGCAUCCGAACUGAAGAAUGAUCAGGCUGAUCAACUGGAGAAGCCGGACCUACUCGAGAGAACUCCUAUCAAUGUAAGGGAAAUGAUAAGUGCCUUUGAAAGUAGUCUAGCUAAGCAGGAUACGAGGCCUGGUAUUAAACCACCAUUAACAAAACCACAAUCUAGUAAAGUUGGAUCAGAAUCUCCUGAGGAUCUAAAUUUGAAAGAAAUGACUAAACAAUCCAAGCUGACUUCUGGAAGACUCAAGAAUCCUUUUCUAACCAGGGAAUUGCAACAAAUCCAGACAUAUGAACUGAAAAGGAAAGAGCAUAUUGGUUUUGAUCAAGAUAGUACUGUACAAAUCCAAUUUAAAGAAACCGAAUCAAUUGCGAAGCAUGAACCAAGAAAGCCACAGGAAGAUUUGGUGAGAAUGUCUGCGGUUGAAGCAGCUACAAUUUUGGGAACCAUGCGUGAGGAGCAUUCAGAGUUCCACCAACCUCGUAAUUUGUUGGUUAACCAGGAAGAUUCUGAUGGCACCUCAAAUAAUUCAAAUGAAAUUAAUAUUCAAGGACCUUCAGAGGAUAAAUUGAAAUCUACUUUCUGUGAAAAUCUGCAUUCUUUUUAUGUAAGCUCUGGUGCUUGGGUAUUCCCAGAUCACACAAGGCGCUUGUGUAUAACAACGGGAAGCAAACAAUUAAUGGAUUUAGUUGGAGGUUGUGGAAUUGAAGAAUGGACCCAUAAAGUAAAGAAGAGUAUUUCAUUACCAGAAAAUGUGGAAGAGUUUGGAAAUUACACUGAGGUGAACAAAGGUAACAAGACUUCUCACGAACCAAGAAAAUCAAGGCUUGAGAGUUCUGCAGAAGUUGAAACUUCUACUGGAGCAGUUGGACAGGCAAUGAAAAUUGCAAUAAUGGUAGCUUUUGGAACACUUGUUCUUGUUACGAGACAAAGAAAACCCAGUUGGAAUUGAAGUUAAACAACUUGCUCUUUGCGAUAAUGCAGAUAGGAAUGCCAAUCUUGGGAUCACAUGCAACUUGUCGCUUCACGGUAAUGCAGAUAAAAGUGCUGAUCUUGGGAUCUACAAUCAUCACCAUGAGGGCUGCAACAAUUUGUAUUAACGUUUGCUUUGCAUUUGCUAAUUGGCAGGAAGGAACAAAUUGUAUCCACCAGAUUCUUUUUUGUUACAUGUAAUAAAACAUGGACAAACAGGCCCCUUCAGGGUUACUGACGGAAAUUAUAAUCUCUGUUGUAAAAUUUUCUCAAUGUAUAGUGAUUACAAUUUUAAGAUACUUCUCAAAUAACCCUUGUUCUGCGUUA